CUAGCAACGCUGAUGGCGUUUCAUGACGUUUGUAAAUAUUUUUUGUAGGUUAUGUUAUGUAUACGUCAUGUGAUGUUGAGUUUGUAGUUUAUAUUUUUAAAGAUUUAUAGUUUCAAUUUUCGAUCAUUGUUUUUAGAAGUCCUUUUUUAAGAUCAGUUCAAUAUAACCGACGGAAUGCAGCAAAGAGAAGAGAAACAGUUAGAAUCUGCUUUAGAAGCAAUAAUCCAGAGGGUGAACGAUUUGAAACAGUCCAUAGCCGCAAUGAUAUUCAAAAUAGAAAAUGAGUAUGAAACUAUGAAUUGGCCCACUUUUCUAGACAACUUUGCCCUCCUAUCUGGACAGCUUACCUCACUAUCAAAAGUACUUAGCAAUGAUAAAUGCCCAGUACUGCGUAACUUGACUGUCUUGCCUGUACAUCUAUCUCCAGAGAGAGAUGAACAAUUAAUACAACUAACUGAAGGUAGGGUAACUACUUUUGCCCAUGACCUUGUUCCUGAUUACCUAAGAACCAAACUAGAACCUCUGGCAGAGAAUAAGAUGCUGCAGUUAGAACAUAAGGCACAAAACCUUCAGUAUGAUAAUGCUCAGAAACAAAUAACAACAUAUCAGAAGAUAAUAUCCCAUGUAUGGGACAUUGUCAGCAAAGCAAGGGAAGAAUGGGAGGUAGAAUCUUCAUCAAGAGGAAAUGCCCAGCAAAAUUCUAGUGUAGCUGAUACUCACCUUCUAGUUGCUGCUGUUGGCAUGGGUAAAGGCCUUAAAAUGGGACCAAAUCCAAAUGGUCAGUCAAAUCCAACAUCUGGAGGCAUGAUGGUCACUCCACAAGGAAGAGCAGGGGGUCCAGCUGGUCCUGGACAGUUGCCUUCCAAUCCCCAAGGCAUGGCAAUCAACAAAGCACCUUCAGCCAUUAAAACUAACAUAAAAAGUGCUGCGCAAAUGCAUCCUUAUGGUCGCUGAACAUGUAGCUAAGAUUCUCUAAAUUGUUGCAAUAAAAGGUGAACUGGUGUUCAAGUGGACUUAAAAAAAGUAAAGACUUACUGGGUCUUAGUAUAAAUAAAAAACAAAUAAGGCUGUUCUUAAACCAUAUAUUAAACCAAAAUAUUGAUUGAUAUUGUCACUUUCAGUGUUUUUCUUGUUGUUUUUGUAUCUCGUCCUUUUUUAUCAUUUACAACUUACAGUAUUCCAAACCAAUUUACCUGGACUAUAAUCCUUACAAUAACAAAAAGAAAAAGGGUAGUCAGUUAGUCACAUUUACAGGCAUUUCUUAAGGAUUGAGUGCCAUCUGAGGAAUGAUCAUUACUUGGAUUUUAAACAAUAAUGCUUCUUUGAGGAACGUUUAAGAGGGGAUUCAACAUUUGUAUUUCACAUUAGGCGAAACGCCGACUUAUAAACUCUGACGUUCCUCGCCACUGUGGUACGGUUGCCGUAACGCAGAACUUGUAUCAUACGCAUGGAUUUACACUGUUUAUAAACUGGAAUUCCGCAACGUUCGUUCACGACGCUGACGGUAGACUUUACGAAGUUUCUGCCGAUUCCACCAAUGAAAAAGAGAUUGCAGAUCACAUGUUUACAUCUAGUCUACAAACAAAUUUUGACUUUACAUAUGUAAAAAGAAUGCAAUUUUGAGUUAGGCUAUGCGACACGGCCCGUAACGUUAACAAGUUUAUAAAGUGAUUUCAGCGGCAGCGUUACGGUAACGGUACACCGGCAGUACGGCAACCUCAGAGUGUAUACAGGAUGUUCAUUUGAAAACUUCCAACCAGAACUUAUCGAAAACCACUGAUUAAAGCCACGUCAAAAGAUUUGCUAGGGGGGACAAAUUUUUAACCAAAAACUACUUCACCCUGUGCCCCCAAAAGUUUACAUUUUUCAAUGACAAUAGGUAUGAAGUAAUAGCUUGUUUGAAAGGUCUCGCGAAGUUCUUUAUUUUGACGUUUUAUUUUUUAAAAUCGUUCGAUUCGUUUUCAAGAAAAUUAGAAAAAUCUUUAUUUAUCUUAAUUUGUUCAGAUAGUAAACAAAAACACACGAAAAUAUCGCUUUUUAUUUCAAUAACAAUGAUAUAGACGAUGUUCAAAUUCCUGACGGACAUUUUCAAAAACAUGUUGUGGGAUAUCAUGGCAGCUGUCGAUGAUGCGUUGACGAAGUUCAUCCAAACUUCCAGGUAGGUGAGUAAACACAAUAGAUUUCAAAUUGCCCCAUAGAAAAAAGUUAAAUCAGGAGAUCUAGCAGGUCAUUCUAUAGGUCUUCUUCGCCCUAUCAAUUUAUCUGGCAACUCGUCGUCUACCCAUUGCCGAACCGGAAGAACAUAGUGAUGAGCGCCGUCUUGCUGGAAAUACAUUUUAGCCUCAUCAAGUAGGUAUAGGGUUUCCAUCCUCUGCGAUUUGGUUUUCAAUGGUUUCAGUGAUAAGCGAUUCAUUGUAUUUUCCAACAUAUAUCCAAAUAAAUGUCUGCAUUCAAAUUUCCAUCAAUAAACAAUCGCUAAAUCACGUUGUUUCCUAAAAUGCCUGCCCAUACAUUAAUUUUUCUAGAGAACUGGGUAUGCCCUUCUACAAAAACAUGAUGAUUUUUAUUGUUCCAUUACUUGCAGUUAUGCUUAUUAACAAUUCCAUAUACACAAAAUGUGCAUUCAUCAUUGAAGCAGAUAUUCUUUACAUGAAUGGUAUUAUCAUUAAUCGCUGCAGCCAAAUGUUCACAAAACUCAACUCGCCUAUCAAAAUCAUCUUCGGUUAACUGAUGCAGUAUUUUCAUUUUGAAUGGAUGAAAUUUAUGGAGUUUAGUAACUAUGUGAACAGAACGUAAUGAAAUCCAAGUCCCAGCAACAAUUUUGCUUAAUGAAGUAUUAGGAUUUAUUCCAAAACUUCAACUGAGCGGCUUCAUCCAAAACUCUCCGAUGAUGACGUUUCUUAUUUGCAACAGAUCCAGUUUGAGUAAAUUUAGUAACUUCGCAUAGUUUACCGAUGACAGUGACUUUGGGCACCAUAAAUUAGAAUCAUUUCCACUCUUUCGGCUAGUGUGUAAACCAUUUGGGAAGUAAAAUCUGAAUCAAUAAAUUAAUUUUCACUAUCUUAAGAUUAUCACAAAGGCAACUGUCAGCAAAUUAAAUUCUUUCUUUAGCUUAGCAACAAAUAACUAAACAGGUACAACAAUAAAUACAUUUCGCCCAGGAUAUGUGUCGAUGAAAAGAAUGCGGAAAAAAAUCAGUUUGUUGUUUGGUUGAUGCCACGUCGUCUAAUCUUCCGAAUUGCGUUUUAAAUUAUAAAUGAAUUGUAGAUUUGGCAAACCCAACGGAAAAAACAUUUUAAACACUUAUUGAAAUAAAAAGUGAUAUUUUUACUCGAUACCCCUUGUCACAUAAAAUUUUUAAGGGAAUGAGCCUGGGGGGCGAGAGUGAAAGAUGGUGAAGUAGGUUAACCCUUUCAAGCCCAAUUUUUUUUACCAAAAAAAAUAAUUUGUUGUCUUUUUGUGUAAUUAUGGUCUAAAAAUUACGGUAAAAAUGUUUUUUUCUGAAAACAAUUUUUUUUUAGGAGAAAAAAUGACUCCAUUUGGAAUCAGUGGGCGUAAGAUAAGAAAAAUGUAAAUUGAUAAUGGUUUAUUUUAGAUUUAAUUUUAGUUAUAACAAAAGAGUAGUAAGAGUAGUAAACAUUUAAAAUUACUGAUUAUGGAAUUUAAUAAAACAAUUUUUUUCAUUUGACAAACAUAGAGGCAUGUUGCAUUUCAUGCAAGAAAUUCUCGUAUACGAUUUGAUGCAAUUGCUACAUCUCUGCUUUGGUUCUAUAUGUUCUGGCCAGUGAGAAAAUCCAUCAAAUCUCACAUCAUCUAUCGGUCUGGGCACAACAGGUCGUUUUCGUGGAGGCUGUUCAACUUCUGCAUCCGACGGGCGUCCUCUUCGCCCUAAUGAUGCAUUCUGUUGCAACAUUCAAUGUGCAACUUCAGCUCUGAAAGUGACCAGUCGUUUAAAUUUUUUGAUUCCUCUUGCUGAACAGUCUCUCCUGUACAAGAGCCAUGCGUUGACGAUGCAAAUAUCUAUUAGAUGGUAAAUUAUUCGUAAAUAAUAACGUCUAACACCUAUUUUGAUUCGGUACAAGGAGACGAGCAUGUCAUUUAAAUCAACGCCACCCAUGUAUUUGUUGUAUAUUUGGAUAGCAUACGGUUGAGGGAGAUCAAUGAACUUUUUCUCUGAUGAAGACCAUCUUUUGACAUUUUGUAUAGGCUGCAGGCCUAUAUAAGUUGAGACGGCAUGCACUGUUUUAUUGUCAAACCAUUUGACGGCAAAUAUAUUUUCAUUCUCCUCUGUGCAAAAAUCUAACGAACCACGUCCUUCUUUUUUCAACUCCGCAUCACUUUUCAAUUGACAUCCAGGCAGUCUGGCAAUCCUUACGGUUCCAGAUGCAAAUAUUCCCAGCUUUUUAAGUUCACAGAAUAAUUUAUAAGACGUGAACCAAUUAUCUGUAAAAACUUUAUAAUUUCAGUUUCUGGGUAAUGUCUCUACAAGUCUAACGACAAUGUCACCACUGAUUCCAAGAUUAGUCUCUUUCACAGUCCCUUUAUAUUUCAAAAUCAUAGAUAAUACCGCUGAGUCCAGCUCUAGCAAAUAUCUUUAUUCCCCAUUUAUGCGGUUUAUUCCGAAUAAACUGUUUGAGGGAACUCCUUCCCUUGAACGGCACCAUGAUUUCGUCUACCGAAUUGUAUUCUUCUUGCUCAAUUUUGGACAUAUUUAAUUUUAGGGCAUCUAUGA